AUGGUUAAAAUUACUAGUACCUAAUCAUAAUAUUAAUCGGUCAAAUCAAACCGUACCCACAUUGUUGGGGGUAUUAUAACUAUAGAGUAUACAAUUGAAAGAGUAUUUUUAACUUAUAGGUAGAUAUUAUUUUGAGCCCAUGUGAUCAACUCGGUAUAUUAUAAAAGUCAAUUUUUUGAUCUCACAGGGUCCGACAGUAGUUGUAGGUUCAAUCUUCGUUGUGAUUGUAUGUAUACGGUAUACUAUGCUCGUGAAACGACUAAAAAGUUGGAGGGCGCGCGCCAUCAUCAUAUAAUUUCUUGCCGCGACGAAAGGGCGCCUUUGAUAUCGUUAUGGCGACGGCGGCGGACAUGAAAAAUAUAAUAAUAAUAAUAAUAAUAUUUCGACUCUGUAAGUCGUGUGUGUGUGUAGUAUACGGCAGCGACGCGGCAGCAGCAGCAGCAGCGGUUCUGUCCGCACGACGGCUCCGAGAGCAGCGCUGUCGAGAGCGCCGGCGGCCGCACGGCGUUGACGCGUAGUCCGUGGCCGGUCCGCCGAGCAGCGCGCCGGUCGAACGGACGCGAGAGACGGGAGCGCGGCGCGCGCGCGCGCACACACACGCGCACGCGGACCGGCGCGCGGCGACGGUGCACGCCGCUAAACACCAACGACAACUACUACUACGCGCUCGCGUCGGCCCGUUUGUGAGCCGUCGGGCGCGGUGUGUCGUCACCCGUCAUCGGCGGUCGUCACUUCUCACGUCAGUCCGCUCUCGUGCACCGUGCGUACGAAACUUCGGACCUCCGCCGCACACGCACACGCGCCGUCCGCGGUCUCGGUAGUUCCGUCGCGUAUUUCGCAUACACGAUAAUAACAUUAAAACAUCGUCGUCUCCCGCGAAGUUCUGCCUUUCCGAUAUUUAUUAAUUUUUUUUUUUUUUUAGUUAUCCAUCGUUUGUUAUAAUAAUUUUAAAAUUUGUUUAUAAUUUUUCAAAAGUGAAACGGGCGCGACAUAUUUUAUUCUCCCAACGGUUUUUUAUUCACCGCGAGCUUAUGCGUACGUACUUGAAUUUUUUUUAUGUUCGACGUCCAAAAGAAUCCCCGGUCGCACAUGAUCGCGUCGUUGUAGUAAUCGCGCGCCUGCCUCGUCCGGCAGACCUGCGGCAGCGAUUUAUAUAAAAUAUAAUAUAUAUUAUAUUAUUAUUAAAUAAAAUAUAUACAACUGUCCACGGGAAUUAUUAUAUAUAAUAAGCACAGCCGCUAUAAUACUAUAUAUAUAUAUAUCAUUAUAAUAAUAUAAUACUCUAAACUGAUCUGGACUUGUCUUCUUGUGUUCUGUUGCCGACCCUGACCUAACACCACCGACGUCUGGACGCCGCCGACAUCGUCUCCUGCACCAAAAUCUCCUCCACCUGCGCUCGUCUAUCACCUAAACCCCGUACGAAACCACAACAAUUAUCAUCAUCGGCGACCUCGGGGACGCUGCCGUCGGUACGCUGUACGGUGGCGGUGAACACGAUGUUACCACCGGAGCAGGGUGCCCGACCCCGACAGCCGGACCCGGGCUGAGUUGGUGGACGAUGAUGAACGGCGGCCUGUACGAGGACAGCCCGCCGGCACCACCACCUCCAUCGUCCGUGUCGCUGCAGCCGUCGUCGGUGGACAUCGCGCGCGCCGCGCCGGCGGCCGUCAUUAAGACGUCGCCGUCGUCCACGCCGAUCACGUCGUCCAUCACGCCGCCUCCGCAACAACAGCAGCAGCAACAGCAGCCACCGCCUCUGUUGCACAUACCGGCCAAGCGGUUGCAGUCUCAUUCCAUUGGCGGUGGUGGCGGCGGCGGCGGUGGCGGGUACGAGUGCAUGGACACCGCCGCCGGUUCGGCGGGCGUCAUUAGACAUUCGCACCACCAGUGGAACGCGUACUCGCCCGCCGUCGUCGACCACGCCGCGUUCGACCAGUACGCCGCGCCGCCUCAUCACCACCACCACCACCACCAGCCGGCCGCGCCGACCUACUACAACCUGGCCGCGGACGCUGGCGGCGGUCACCAUCACCACCAUCACCACCACCGGACGUCCAUGGACGGCGGCGGUGGCGGUGGCCGUAAACCGCCCACUGGCCUGCCAUUCUGGUCACCCGCUGCCACUGACUAUUGUGGCGGUGGCCUCGGUGGCGGCGGUGGCGGUGGCGGCCUGGCCAGUAAAUACACCAACGGCGGCGUGACGCCGUGCAGCAGUUCCGCCGGACCGCCGUCCGCCGCCGACCACCAUCACCAGUUCUCGCAGUCCUGGUGCACCAACUACUCACCAUACACCACCACCACGUCGUCAUCGUCGUCGUCGUCCGUGGCCGCGGCAGCCGCGGCCGCAGCCGCAGCCGCUGCCUCGGCGUCCCGACACCCGUCCGGCGGCGGUCCGGCCGACACGCCGCAGCCGACGUACCUGCAGUCCGGCAGCCCCGGCGACGACCGAGGCGGCAACAACUCGUCGCGCAUGACGUCCGGCUCGGCCGACGGUUCUGCCGCCGGCCCGUUCGGCCACGACAACGCGUACCAACCGCCGCCGCCACCGCCUCCGACGUCGUUGCCGCUCAGAAAUUACGGGAGCUCACACGAUCCCGUCACGUCGACGCCUUACCCGCCAACAGGUUCGUUGUCGAGCAUCGGUAUGGGCGUCGGGACUAACCCGCUGGAGUGGACGGGUCAGGUGACCGUGCGCAAGAAGAGAAAACCGUACUCGAAGUUCCAGACGCUGGAGCUGGAGAAGGAGUUUCUGUUCAACGCGUACGUGUCCAAACAGAAGCGCUGGGAGCUGGCCAGGAACCUGGCGCUGUCCGAACGCCAGGUGAAAAUAUGGUUCCAGAACAGGCGCAUGAAGAACAAGAAGAACAGCCAGCGGCAGGCCGUGCAACAGCAGCAGCAGCAGCAACAACAACAACAGCAGCAGUCCAACAACAACAACAACAGCAACGGCAGCGCCAACGCCAAUCACCAGCAUCACAUGCAGGUGAUCGGCGGCCACCACGGCAACGGGCCCAUCAAACACCAUCAGUGACCGUCGCACUACUCUGGAGCCGCCGCCGCCGCCACUGCCGCCGCGGCCCACCCACCGAUGCACAUGCACCACAUUCAUCAUCAACUACAGCCGCUGCCCCCGCCGCACCACCUUCACCAUCAUUACCCGAUGCAAUCCGUCUGAGUACUUAGGGCGUAAGUCCGAGUGCGACGUAAGUCUUGACCUAUUUCACAUUACAUAAUAGUAAUAACACAUUCGCGGAGAAGGGAUCGAUCGCUUUUUGGUUUCGGGCGUAUAUAACGUGACCGAUAAUUUUUUUUUGGUUUUCCGUCAAUUUUCGUCCCCAAACAAAUCAUGUCCAUCAUAUAAUAUUUACGGAUGGCCGGAAAUCUUCCUGUACGAUGUCACAGUAAUUAAGUAGGUCCCCAUAACGUCAAUCGAUGAGUUUCCGAAACAGAUCUCGCCACGGUAUACGACGCGAUCGCGGGAAGGGCUUCUCUCCCGUCGCCGCCGUUCCCACGACCAAGUCUCUGCACGCCAUGGGUCCGUUAACUGCAGUGAAACUCGUACCACUCGGCUAUUCGUAUAUAUAUAUAUAUAUUAUAUAUUAUAUUCAUAGUUCUUCCAUAAACCAGACGAGCUCCGUCUCUUAUCCCGAAUCUCGCUCAAAAACAAUUUCAUAUAUAUUUUAUGUAGUCAAUCUGUCGGAAAAAUAAAACUCAUCACUAGAAAACAAAAUAUGAUAUACAUACUUAUAAUAAUAUAGGUAUGACAUUCCAAAACGGUGGGGUAAACGUGGUACGCAGGCAUACACAUAUUUUAAUCGUAUGCGGUUGAUAAUAUUAUUGUGUAUUGUCUUAGCAUAUUUUUAGGUGUAUAUUUAAAAAAAAAAAUACAUACAUCGGCUCCAGAGUGUCGACAUUUUAUAAUAUUAUGUUAUAAAAUUCAUAAUGUUUCAACGUGUACAUACAUAUUAUAUAUUAUAUAUACAUAAAAUACAAUUUAAGUUACUACGUUUAUGUAUUAUAUAAAAUAUAUGAGAUUAUACUAUUAGGCUAAAUAUACAAUACAUAACGCAAUGUGUUUUUACUAUAUUAUAGAUAUUAUGUAUAUGUGUAUUUAACGAAACGUGUAUAUGCCGCAAUAUAAUGAUGUAGAAUAUAAUAAUAGUAGUCCCCGAGUUGGACGCGUUCGAGUGUGAUGCGAUGAUAUUGUUAUUAUUAUAGCAUCGUCGUAGGUAUUUUAUUUAAAAAAGUGUUGUCGUUUCUUUUUCUUUUUUUUUUUUUUAUUUAGCAUCUAACUUAAAUAAUAAUAAAUGUAAUGGUAAUAAUAUAAUGAUUAUAAUGAUAUACAUAAAACUAUAUAGAUCGUUUCUCGAAACAUAACCAGUGGUUUUAAUAUAGUUAUUAUUAUUAUUAUUAUAAUUUUUUUUUUUAGAUAAAAAACUAUCGAUCUCCGUCUUUAAGCAAGUUUUAGCGUUUUCUUAUAUUUUUUUUCUAAUAUAUAAAUAAUAAAUGUGACGUGUAAAUAUGUAAUAUAUAAUGACUAAAUAAUAACUAAAUAUAUAAUAUUUAUACGCAUUACGCAUAUUAUAGAUAUCGUAUACAAGUCGUAUGCAUAAUAUUAUAAUAUUAUUAUGUCUAAUUUAUACUGCAGUCGAUAGAUAGUAGUCAGUUUUUUCGAUUUAUCAAUCUUUCCCCUAUAGUAUUAAUAUUAUAAAACGUUUUUCACACACACGAAUACCUAUAUAAAUAUACCUAAAAUAAUUUCAGAAUUUAUUGAUAUAUGACAAUAUAAAUGAAUAACAAAAAUACAAUAGCUACACGACAAACGGUUUAUCGCGGCUUUCGUUUUGUUAAGUUUUUUCUUUACACAUUAUAACUACGGCAUUAUAUUGCAAACGUGCAAUCCUUUGUAUAAUAGAUAUUAUACACACAUUUUUCGUUACAAAUAAUAAUAAUUAUACGACUAAAGUCUUAUUAAUUUAUUAUACAUCGCGAUUUAUGUGUGAAAUACAUCUGAAAAAUAAACAAACAUGUAUUUUUUCUUUCUAUUGUUCUUUUUUUUUACGUUUUUUUGUGUUCUGGUUAUGUAUGACUAUUAUUUUGUUGUAUUAGUUUCAUUAUUAUUAUUAUUAUUAUUAUUAUUUUUAUUAUUAUUAUUAUUAUUAUUAUUAUUAUAAUUAUUUUCAUCGUAUAAUUAUUAUAAUUUUUUUUUUCGUUCGAUUCGACUUUAGUGUUUAAACAUUAUUUAUUGGUGCCAAAAUCUAUUUUAUUAUUGUUUUUAAUGUGACCACCCCCCCCUCCCAUCCCUCUGAUCACGCUUAAAUCGUCGCGUAGAACGUAUAUAUAUAUUAUAAAUAUAUAAUAGGUAUUUUUAAUGUGCCGUCGUUAUAUUUUAUAUAGGUAAGCAAAUAUUAUAUUAUACAAAAAACGAAUGCACUCAAGUUUUUCUUUUUAAAAUAGAUUUCAGGAAAAAAAUGAUUUUAUUGUAUAUAUUGAUAUUAUAGAUUAUGGGAAUAUAAAAAGUAAAAAAAAAAAAUUUUGUAAUUUAUUAUGACAUUGUAUUACCUAAUGAACGAACUUACGCGACCGAAAUGUUAUUUUCAAUAUUACUAUGUAUCGUCAUCUGUGUAUCGACCUAAGUAUACUAAUAAUUUAAUGUUAUUCGAGCGUAAUUAUAAUAUUAUAUAUUAUAAUAUAUUACAAUACUUACGCAUAGUAAUAAUGUAAUAUGGGCAAUAUGAAAAACCGAAAAUUUUGAUUAUAGUCGGUUCGCGUCAAUUCUAUAUGUACUAAUGUUUAAAAAAAACGAAACGGAUAAUAAUUUUUUAUUAUUAAUAUUGUACCUUGUAAAUUUUGAUUUAUUUGUAAGUUAGUGUAAUUUUUUUUUUGUUUUUUGCUAAUAAGUAGACUACAUAUUAUUAUUAUUAUUAUAAUUACGUGUAAAUUGAAUUCUAUUUCAAAAUUUGCUAUUUACAUAUUAUUAUAUAUUAUUUACUAUUUGUCCUAAAUAUAUUAACCCGAUUUGUUA